AUGAAUUUAUCCUCGCUAUGGUCCAAAGCCGUUUUCAUCAAUGUGGCCAUUGCUUUGUACUCCGAAACUGCCUUCACAAACCUAUCAGCACACAAACUUCAAAUAGACUGUAAACCAUAUCUGAAUUUCAUCGACAAGUGUACCAAAGAGUAUUAUCCUAUGUGUGCAACUAAUGGACAAACUUAUUGCAAUAAAUGUAUUUUCUGCAAUGCACUGAAACUUGAUAAAAUGCCUUCUUCUUCAUUAUGGAUCAAAAUAAUUUUCAUUCUGGCCUUGGUGGGUCUGUUUUAUUAUGAAACUACGUUUACAUUUUCCAAACAAGUCCGUCAUAAGCCAGACUGCGACAAGUACAAAGAAUUCCCAAAUAGGUGUACCAGAGAAAUUAAUCCAGUCUGUGGGACCAAUGGACACACUUACGACAACGAGUGCAUUUUCUGCAAUGCGAUGAUAACUUCUAAAGGAAAAAUUGAUUACUGGCAUUAA